UGUCUUACAGACACCACAAUAACCCGCAUACCAAAACCUCCCAGUCACAACUGGGAGGUUUUGGUUGGUGUUCUGGCCGUAGCCAUCUCCGUCUCCCUUCUCCUCGCCCUUCUUGCCAAAUGUCAGGUGGUCCGGCGUUACCUGGCCAGCUACAGGCACACGCGCCUGAGGGAGCCCGAUACCAUUAGCCAUUCUGACUCUUCAGGCAUGGAUGUAGAGUUUGAUAUGCGCAGGGGACGAAUGGACCCUCACUGCCUCCCCCCUGUGAGCGAGGAGGAUGACGACGGCUUCAUUGAAGACAACUACAUCCCGGCCAGUGAGCGAGCCCGGGCUGAGAGAGCAGCCGAGGACAUGGAGGAAGACACAGAAGAAGAGAUGGAUGUGAUUGAAUUCAGCAUCACUUAGACUCAUGUGGUUGGUUGGUUGGUUGGUUGAGCCAGAAACCUCCCGGACACCAUUUCUACUCCAUUGUUUGUCUUUUCAGUUGGUGUGAAUGUUUUUCAAAUUAAUUAUUACACAUGCCGUCUAGUUUGGAAGGUCUGAAUGUGAGCUCUGAAGGACCAUUAAAUUCACAUUGCUGACAGUUUCAAAAUAUUUGAAAGAGCAUGCAAACAUGUAAAAGUCAAAAUCAGCAAGAGAGAAGCACUGGCUAUCUUGAAACAUCGCAAGAAGCAAAUAUUUAAUCCCCUGAAGUAUUUCUUUACAUUUCCAACAUAUAUCCAAUGAUAUUUAGCUACAUAAGUAAUUUUUGGAACAUGGCUGCUUUCCAUUUGUACUCGCAAGUCAGAAUUUUCAAAAACCACUGGAGCGACCAAGGCAUAGUGAAUUAUUUAAAAGUUGAAGGUUUCUAACUGACAGUGAUCUCAAAAUCAUUUAUGACUUUCUUGAACUUAUAAAAGCACAGCUAAUCUGCCUGGUAGUUUAAAACUUUUACGCAGCAAUUUAUUUCUUUCACUAGCAACAAAACAAGAAAGUAUUUUAACAAUGACAGCAGUGGGAUUCUUUUAAGUGUUCUGAUUUUUGCACAGUGAAACUUUGAUUCUUUGUUUUUAUGGUACAGAAGUGGCAGUUUUUGACAUGUCAGGAGCUCAGUGCCCAACAUAUCAAUAUUUUUAAGGUUUUAAACUGUUUUGAGAUGUAGGCUACAUAUAUUGGCGCGGGACUGAAUGUGUUUUUGGUUGCAUUUCGGGUGGCAAACUAGGUUAGAAUAUAACCAAGAAGGGUUAUAUUUUAAAAAAGAGAUCACAGUAGCCUACACUAAAGAUGGAUUUCAUGUCACUAAUCUGUCUCUGAAAUCCCACAGCUUCUUAAACUGUUAACCAGCUGUAUAAACAUUAUUUUCUAUUACACUUUUCCUUCUGCUUAAAUUUCCAAUGUGGCACUUUGCUUGAAAAUUGUCAGGUCAACAGACAGUUCAUAAUAUGGCCAUAACCUAAAACAGCUUUUUUAACAGACACAUUUUGUAAGAAAAUGAACAUUGUCUUCUGA